AUGCCUAGUACUCCUAGUUUGUACCGAAUCGUAGCAUCUCUGAUCGAUGGAAGCGUAUACCUUUCGUGAGGUAGCUUGCCACGGCCAGUCCGUAGUAAUUUUUCCCGCUUAGUCUAUUGUUCGUUUAUAUAUCUGUGUUGGUCAUUCUCGAACACAAUUCCUCUUCUUUUUUCAUAUCCUUUAACCACGCCAUACCAGCGGCAGAGGCAUCAUCUUAUACGUUUCGUACAUAAGUGGCUACGGAGGAGCUACACAACGCCCGUGCCGCGUGCCUAUCGCUUAAUAUAACCUUCCUUUCAACAAACAAACCCUAGGAAACGGUACACCAAGACAGCCUUAUCCGUACCCUUUCCCCUAAAGCCAAGACGGCCCUGUCAAGCAUUACCAACUUUGUUGUUAUAUCCUAUCACAAUAGACUUUGAUCGCAACCUAUCAGAAUAAGCUUGUGUUGAUCCUUUCGAGAGCCGAUCGGCCUCCUCAUCCUUAUUUCCUCUUUUCCAUCCGCUCUCCCUAUAUCACUACCUAUCCCCAUACAAAGCCAUGGCGAACCUCCUUCGUCGCCACCACGAACAUGAUCCCCCGAUAGGGGAGAUCCCCGUUCCUCACGGCCCCGAGACGGGUGAUGAACACCAACACUACCCUCGAAGGAACUCGACCAGUUAUGCUACCGACUACGAGAGACAGAUUUUCUCGCAUCUAACGCAUCCCGACGACUCGUACACGGAUGAUGGCGUCUACUGGGCUGAUCUGCCUUUCUGGAAGCGCUUUUCUUUCGUCAGUGCGGUGGACCGGGCUGAAAGUGCCGCCGAAGCCAAAGGUAUCUGGGCUAUGGUCAAGGAAGACCCUCUUAGCCCGGUCUCUUGGUACUUCAGAAACGCCAUUCUCCCUGGUGCUGGUCUCGGCCUAGAAGGUUACGUCCUUUUUUCCAUUGGCAAUCUCGAACCUCUGUUUGAGGCCGCAUGGCCGAGCUGCUGGAAGUCAGGUGCGCCCGAUUGUAGCACUAAUUGGGUGGCCUCUGUAACCUACCUUGAGAUUAUUGGUAUUAUGGUCGGUCAAGUGGCGGUCGGAAUUAUUGGCGACUGGAUCGGUCGACGAUGGGGUUUGAUACAAGAUGCCCUGGUCAUGUUUCUCGGUCUUCUCAUGUUGACCGGAUCGUGGGGAACAACACUCCAAGGUUGGGUCAUCAUGUACGCCUGGUCUUUGUUCGUCUACGGCAUCGGAGUCGGCGGCGAGUAUCCCAUCACAGCUACUUCGUCGAUGGAAAAUGCCGUCACCGCCGGUAGAUUGUCGACCAGAGAUGAUCGCCUCCACCGUGGUCGCAAAGUCACCAUGGCAUUCUUGAUGCAAGGUUGGGGUCAAUUUGUCAACCAAGUCGUCCUCAUUGUCCUCUUGGUGAUCUUCAACCGAGGUCACGGCAACCCCCCGUACUCCGUAACCGCUGCUCAGUACGCCUUCCGUCUGUCCUUCGCCUUCCCAGCUAUCGGCACUUUAUGGCUGGCCUAUUACCGUACUUGGCGCAUGAAGUCUGCCAGCAAGCAGCUCGAGAAAGCCAAGAAGAAGUCGAAGGUAACGGGAUACGAUGUUCGAUCUCUCAAGUUGACAUUUAGCAACUUCGGUGGACGUCUAUUCGCCACUGCCGGUGGAUGGUUCUGCAACGACGUCUUUUUCUACGGCAACAAGCUCUUCCAAGGUCAAUUCAUCAAGGUCAUUUCUGACAACCCUAGCUCGAUUAUGACAACGUGGACAUGGAACUUGGUCAACGUCGUCGUUUCGCUCGCCGGCUACUACAUGGCUUCCAUGCUAAUUGACAACAAGAUGUAUGGAAGGAAAGCUAUGCAACAGGUCGGCUUCUUCAUGUGCUUUGUCAUGUUCGUAGUACCCGCAUUCAAGUACGACUACUACAUCAGCUCGGCAGGCAUCCAUGCAUUCCAGGCGAUGUACUUCUUGUCAUCCUUCUUCAAUCAGUUCGGCCCCAACUCCGUCACCUUCCUCGUCGCUGGAGAGGUAUACCCCACUCAGAUUCGAGCCAGCGCCCACGGAUUUUCCGCAAUGAUUGGAAAGGCCGGUGCUCUCUUGGCUUCAGUUUUGUACAACUACAUCGAUACCAGGACCAAGUUCCACGUUGUACCCUGGUUUGGUCUUGCGGGUAUGGUCAUCACAUACAUCUGGCUCCCCGACACUACCGGUCUCGAUCUCAAGGAACAGGAGCGCCGAUGGCAAUACAUCCUUGAAGGCCGCGACAGCGAGUACCAUGGCAUCGCUAUCCACCCGGCGCAUCUUUCCCUCUGGGAACGAUGGAUGGGCGUCGGAAAGAACUACCACCCCGACUUGGACAUGAAGGCCAAGAUUAGGGAUAUGCGAACCGACUGGGAGGAGCGAGAGGCCGCCAGAGCUGGCAGCGACGUGGAAUCAGUGACUCCUAUUGACGAUGACGAAGAAUACACAAAUGAUAUCCACGACUACUUCAGGGGCACUGUCACCGGUAGCAUCAACUCUCUGAAAGGAGAGAAGUCAAAGGGAGUUGACAGGACUUCGGGCAAUGCGCCCAGUGAUAGAACACUCGAAGAACCGACUUUAGACGGAAAUAAGGAGUCUACAACGGUAUCGUAAGAGUGUUCAUGUUGACUAGCGCUUCAAAUUCGUGGGAG